GUGCACAAAUGGUCGGAUCUCUCAUCACUGAGAAGAACACAUGAAUGAACUGAAUUUGGAUAAUUACCCACAUGGUUAAUGGCACAUAAUGCAUCGAUACGGAUCGCCACCCAAGAGCUGGCUUGGUUUUCGUCUGCGACUGAGUGAGAAGCCUGUGCAGGAGGAGAAGACAGGCAUCUUGUGUCAGCAUCCAAACUGCUCUGAGCGCCGGCUUGCUUGCAAGGUUUGUCACCACCCCUCGUGUCAGGAUCUUAGAGACGGCAGUCCACUUCACCUCUGCGAGUCAUGUGACUCAAACUGCCACCCUGUCACCCGUGAUGGCAUGAUGUUUGACAGGCACCCACGAUUUGACCUUCAGCCACAAGGUUCCAUCCUGGCCCGGAACGUGUCCACUCGUUCCUGUCCACCUCGCACCGGUCCCCCCUCUGACGUGGUGGACGGAGAGGAGGGGUGCUCUGACCUAGGGGAUCGCAAGAGUGGAGGAAUGAGACAGGUAAAGAAGAAGACCAGACGGCGACACACAGAUGACCCCAGCAAGGAGUGCUUCACUCUGAAGUUUGACCUAAAUAUUGACGUCAGCAUGGAGAUUGUCCCAGCUGUGAAGAAGAAAACUUUAAGAGAAGUCCUGGGAGCCGUGUUUGAGAGAAAAGGAAUUGAGCUAUCACGUGUCAACCUGUUUCUAGAUCAGUCCAACACCCCACUUUCACUGGGAUUUGAAGCCUACCGCUUUGGUGGCCACUACCUCAGAGUACGAGUGUGUGUGUGUGUGUGUGUAGCUCGACCAGGAGAGGAGCUGAGGGUGGAGCGAUGUGUGAAGGACCCUCGUUCUCUCAGUCUACCUACCAUGAGGUCGUCCAGCGCUCAUAGCUCCUCUACUGAGCGAGUGGAGCACGGCUCUCUUGGGCGCAGAGAGGCGGCAGAAAUGCUAGUUGGCCUGAGUCAAGCGCGUCGGCGAAAGAACAUGCCGGAGUUUCUGGGCGAUUCCAGCGUCCCCACCCAAGACUCUGUAUCCCAGUUGAGCGGUUCUCUCUCAGGCUCUGUAAUGGGUACAGACCGUUGGAGGAACCGUGCCACCAGCCGCUUCAGCGGCCUCUUUAGUUCCAACUCAGGAAAUGGCUCUCUUGGCAAGGAGUGUGAUCGUGUGGACCAGUUGCAGAGUAAGCUGUACUCCUACACUAUGUUCGGAUUACCAAAGAUGCCACAGCAGCUCUCAUUCCACAGGGACUCAUGGGAAGAAGAGCCUAACCUGGAGCUAGAGGAGAGCUGGAAGCAGCUACUGGAGAACCCUGAGAUGUUAACCAGGCGCCAGUGCCAUCAGCAGGAGUCAAUAUGGGAAUUGCUGCAGACAGAGUCAGACUACAUCAAGAAACUGCACGUCAUAACCGAUCUGUUUCUAUGUGGACUGCUGAACUUGCAGGAGAGUGGUUUACUGAGUGAAGUGGAACCUGUGCGCCUCUUCAGUAACAUUCAGGACAUUGUGCAGCUGCAUACAUCCCUGUGGGCCGAGGUCAUGUUGCCUGCACUGGAGAUAGCCAGACAAAAACGAACACUGCUCGACCCCAAUGACCUGCAUCAGGGCUUCAGCACUUUUGGUUUCAGAUUCAAGCCCUACAUCCAUUACUGCAUGGAGGAAGAGGGCUGUAUGGAGUACAUGCGCACUUUACUGAAAGACAAUGAGCUCUUCAGAAUAUAUGUAACUUGGGCUGAGACUCAUAAACAGUGUAACCGGCUUAAACUGACAGAUAUGUUGGUAAAGCCUCAUCAGAGACUCACUAAAUACCCACUGCUGCUUAAGAGCGUGCUGAAAAAGACUGAUGACCCAUCAACUCGAGAGGCCAUCAACAGAAUGGUGGCUGCUGUUGAAUGCUUCAUUAACAGUGUGGACUCUCAAAUGAGACAAAGGGAGGAAAAACAGAAGCUGGCUGCCAUUGCUGGUCGUAUAGAGGCAUAUGAGGCCGUGGAGGGGGCCAGUGAGGAAGUGGAGAGGAUCCUCAGGGAAUAUAAUAACUUUGACCUGACCGCUCCAGUGAUGGGCGCCCCACCAGAUGAGACCCGUCAGCUGCUCUUAGAGGGAGCUCUGAAGAUGAAGGAGGGGAAAGAAAGCAGGAUGGAUGUGUACUGUUUCCUGUUCACUGACGUUCUGUUGAUUACUAAGCCGGUGAAGCGAGUGGAAAAGGUUAAGGUGAUUCGGCAGCCUCUAGUCAUCCAUAACAUUGUGUGCCGAGAACUGAAGGACCCAGGAAGCUUCCUCCUCAUCUACCUCAAUGAAUUUCGUUGCGCCGUGGCCUCCUACUGCUUUCAGGCCAACAGUGGCACUCAGGGCCGCAGCUGGAUGGAGGCCAUCUACAAUGCACAGCUCCUGAGACUUCGUUCAGAGUCCCAGCGAGAUGACACGGAUGACAGAGAGGAGGUUGAGACGGAAAGCAGCAUGUCCACAUCCAGCUCUCCAUCACUUCAGUACAGAGAGCCACUAGGCAAGAGCCUCUCCCUUUCACCAAGUCACUCUGAUGGUUCAACUGAAACCCUUUCUGUGGCUGCAAUGGAGGAUGUGGAUGAGGUUGAGUCUUCGUCGACUGGGAAGAUAGUGCAGACUGCAUCCUUGAGAAGUUCGCUCCUCUCUGACUCUUUAAGCCUGCGGGAUUCCCUAUCGACUGAUGCCAGCAGAACUCUGGAAAGCCUGGUUGAUUUGGUGACCACAGACCUGGAUGCAGAAAGUCGCUGUCUUUCAAUAGACAGUGCAUAUGGAACUCUCUCACCGGAGUCCCUGAUCACAGAGCUGGACUUAAAGGGAGGGCUAGGCCAGAGUGAGGGAGACGACGCUGGAGAGGAAGAGGAGGCAUUUGAGGAUGGUGAAGAUGUUGAGGAUUCAAUCACCUGGAAUGGCUCUCAGAUUACUGUAAAUGAGUCCUACAUUUUGGAUGACUGGUCAACCAAUCAGGAGCCUGGCAAGAAGAAUGAAUUUGCUGGAAUGUCUCAGGACACGGAUUGCCGCUCCCAAAUAUUGCGGCGCCGUUCACCUGUCCAGCCUCGCCCGGACUACCUGCAGCACUUUACCCACAGGUCACGCUCUGAGGAUGACCUUCUUCAACACCUCAAUGGCCCUGUCCACAAUUUGGACAGGAGAAAUAUCAGCAAAAGCCUGACACACCUCGCCAAACAAACGUGGCACAGCUCAGAGCUAUUACAGACAGACGUGGAACACCAUCAGCAGGACGUCAUAGAAAACAUUUCAAGAAAAGUGACAGACAGUCUUAAGCGAGCAGAGGCCAGGCAUGUGCAAAGGACCCUGAGCUGCCCCAAUGGUCAGGCAAAUUGUGAGCUUACAGAAAUUGAGAUACUGCCCCCUAGUGGAAUGGAGGAAAAGAGUGACUUUGCGCUUACCCAGCACUCUCAUCAUCAGCAUAAGAAGCUUACAGUGGCUCAGUUGCACAGAAUACGUGCCACCAUGGUGCUCAACUCAACACUAACUGCUUCGGAGGUGUAGUGUCAGAGUAAAAGAAGCUGAUGCCAUUAGCUGGUCUAUUGGUGGGCCCAUGUCCAGGACUACAUAUGAAAAGAAGUCACUACCUGUAUCAACAACUGGGCUCCCAGAAGGUUGACUUCUACCCACAAAGGGAGACGCAACUCACUGACUCAAAUAUAAACACGGGAAGAUCCAGGGAGAACCCUGUGAAAUUCUUAGUAAACAGCCAUGACCAUACCUUAAUAAUAAACUAAUGUUGACAAUAAAGUCAAUAUUGUUUUAUACGGAUCAUCCAUACAAAGACUUACAUUAUGUCUUAUGUCUGCCAUUGAAAAAAGAGACUUGAGUUAAAAGUGCUGUAAGUUUUUUUUGUUUUUUUAUUUUUGUCCCUACUAUCUGAUAGAUACAGUUGAAGAAGUUUACAUACACUUAGGUUGAGGUUUUUAACCACUCCACAGAUUUAAUAUUAGCAAACUAUAGUUUUGGCAAGUCAUUUAGGACAUCUACUUUGUGCAUGACAAGUAAUUUUUCCAACAAUUGUUUGCAAACAGAUUGUUUCACUUUUAACUGACUGUAUAACAAUUCCAGUGGGUCAGAAGUUUACAUACACUAAGUUAACUGUGCCUUUGAGUAGCUUGGAAAAUUCCAGAAAAUGAUGUCAAACCUUUAGACAAUUAGCUAAUUAGCUUCUGACAGGAGGUGUACUGAAUUGGAAGUGUACCUGUCGAUGUAUUUUAAGGACUACCUUGAAACUCAGUGCCUCUUUGCUUGACAUCAUGGGAAAAUCAAAAGAAAUCAGCCAAGACCUCAGAAAAACAAUUGUGAACCUCCACAAGUCUGGUUCAUCCUUGGGAGCAAUUUGCAAAAGACUGAAGGUACCACAUUCAUCUGUACAAACAAUAGUAUGCAAGCUAUUAUACCACUCAUGAAGGAGAUACAUUCUGUCUCCUAGAGAUGAAUGUAGUUUGGUGCAAAAAGUGCAAAUCAAUCCCAGAACAACAGCAAAGGACUUUGUGAAGAUGCUGGAGGAAACAGGUAGUAUCUAUAUCCACAGUAAAACAUGUCCUAUAUCGACAUAACCUGAAAGGCUGCUCAGCAAGGAAGAAGCAACUGCUCCAAAACCACCAUAAAAAAGCCAGACUACAGUUUGCAAGUGCACAUGGUGACAAGGAUCUUACUUUUUGGAAAAAUGCCCUCUGGUCUAAUGAAACAAAAAUGUAACUGUUUGGCAAUAAUGACCAUCGUUAUGUUUGAAGAAGAGAGGGUGACGCUUGCAAGCCGAAGAACACCAUCCCAACCGUGAAGCAUGGGGGUGGCAGCAUCAUAUUGUGGGGGGGGCUUUGCUGCAUGAGUGAAUGGUGCACUUCACAAAAUAGAUGGCAAGAUGAGGAAGGAAAAUUAUGUGGCUAUAUUGAAGCAACAUCUCAAGACAUCAGCCAGGAAGUUAAAGCUUGGUCACAAAUGGGUCUUCCAAAUGGACAAUGACCCCAAGCAUACCUCCAAAGUUGUGGCAAAAUGGCUUAAGGACAAGAAAGUCAAGGUAUUGGAGUGGCCAUCACAAAGCCCUGACCUCAAUCCGAUAGAAAAUUUGUAAGCAGAACUGAAAAAGCUUGUGCAAGCCAGGAGGCCUACAAACCUGACUCAGUUACACCAGUUCUGUCUGGAGUAAUGGGCCAAAAUUCCAGCAACUUAUUGUGAGAAGCUUGUGAAAGGCUACUCAGGUUUGACCCAAGUUAAAAAAUUUAAAGGCAAUGCUACCAAAUACUAACAAAGUGUAUGUAAACUUCUGACCCACUGGGAAUGUGAUGAAAGAAAUAAAAGGCGAAAUAAAUAAUUCUCAGGAAUUAUGAAAAACUGAGUUUAAAUGUAUUUGGCUAAGGUGUACGUAAACUUUUGACUUCAGCUGUAUCAGUGAAAUACUCUAGAUGUUCUAAGAAAUCACACUGUCUAUGUGACAGCCCUAGGUUCUGUAAACAGCAAAAAAAAAAAAAAAAAAAAAAAAAAAAGAAAAGAAAA